AUACCAUUUACAUUUGUAAAUAAACUUUUUUUUCUCCAAAUAAUACAUACACGUUAUCUAGUGACUAUUUUGUAUUAAAAUGAAUUAUUCGUUUCUUUAGUUGGUUUAUAUCAUGUCUGAUUCAUGUCAAAACACGCCAUUAAUAACCAAACAAAUUGUUCAUGCAGGAACUAAAAACGUAUCUUUUACUAUAGGCACAAAGGUGGUGUUCCAUUUUGAGACGAGGAAGUGCGAUGACGAUGGAACGCUCCUGGACGACAGUCGGAGGCUCGGCCGGCCGAUGGAGCUGGUCCUGGGCAAGCAGUUCAAGCUCGAGGCGUGGGAGUCGAUGGUGCAGAUGAUGGCCUUGAACGAGGUGGCCAAAUUCAGAGUGGACAAAAGUCUUGUCGGUGGGUACCCAUUUGUGUCGAAAACACUGCGAGAGGUUGGCAAGCCUGUGAAGCACAGAUGCUGCGCAGCUCUGCAGAACGAGGGAGUUGGGCACAAAGACUUGAACGAGCUCCUCACAUCUCCAUGCGACUUGGAGUUUACUUUCGAGCUGAUAAAAGUGGAAUCUCCAGAAGAAUACGAGAGGGAAUCGUGGCAGAUGAACGAGCAGGAAAAGUUGCAGGAUGUGCCAGUUCUCAGAGAGGAAGGGAACACCCUGUAUCGCAAGGGCGAGUACGAAGCGGCCGCCAAGAAGUACGCACAGGCAAUUGGACAUCUGGAGCAGCUCAUGCUCAAUGAAAAGCCAGGGGAUAAAGAGUGGCUCGACUUAGAUGAAAAGAAGAGGCCUUUGUUACUUAAUUAUGCACAAUGCAAGUUUCAGCAGGGAGACUAUUACGCCGUCAUUGAGCAUUGUUCUGCUGUGCUGAAGACUGAGAAAGAUAACGUGAAGGCAUUGUUCCGAAGAGCGAAAGCUCACGUGAGAGCGUGGAAUCCCGCCGAGGCUCGUGUUGACUUCCUGAGGGUGCUGGAACUCGACCCGUCCUUAUCGUUGGUCGUGCACAAGGAACUCAAGCUUCUAGAAGAUUUGGAACACAAGAAAUAUGAGGAAGAUAAACAAAAGUUUAAAGGAAAAAUGUUUUAAAUGUCACGCAAAGCCUUAAAUGCCUUUUCUAGAUUAAAAAAAAAAAGAUGUUGAUUCAAGGUUUUUUGUUUAACUGUUAUAAGUUGUUGAGGUGCUGGAUUUUAAAACAUUUUUUUUAAAGCAACUGUAUCAAAUUGAAUAAAAGAGUAAGUAUUAUUAAUAUUGAAUAUUUUACACUAAAAUAAAUUUGUUAGUAUUAUUUGUUAUGUGGGCGUAUGCUUUUAAAUGUAUAUCUGUGUAUUGGAAGCUACUCCAAUUUUUUUUAUUUUAACUUCUUGGUGUUUCUAAAGCUUUAUUUCAAGAUAAUAUAUGUGGCUUUCUUGUUGAGUAGUGUUUGUGUAUGUGUGUGUGUACAGAGUCUGGAAAUUAAUUUCUUGAUUUACGUAUGGCUGAUUAAGCUUUUCUUUUCUAUGUAGUAGUCCUUCUACCAGUGAAUAUAGUCAGUAUUCUUGGUUGUGGGAUAAAGUUCUGCCCCAUCAGCAGAAUCUUAUGGCUGGGGUGAAAGAAUUAAAAUGGUACUACUCUGAGCAUGUACGAAGGCUAUCAACAUUACUAACAGAAUUUUUUUUUUACACCUAUGCUUUCACGUGAGAUGUAAGUAUACUAGAUGGCCUGUAGGUUGACGUGGACUGAGGCUACACCCUCCUGACGCACAAUGGUGCUUCGCCCUGCUUCUGACACUCUUUCCUCCCGCCAAUGAGUGUGUGUUUGUGUGUUUGUACGCCCCACAAGAGGCGAGUUAAGUCUGUGCCACUCAACCCUAAAAUAAUAUUUUAAUUAAUAUAAUUUGUAAUUUUAUUAAUAUUUUAAUCUCUUGAGUGUCUUGUUUUCUUUCAGCCUAAAUAAGGACGGAGCAGCGCAAUGUGCGAACACUUUUGGAACGCACCCUGUUAUCACACUAUCUUUACAUGCAACAGUGAUUUGUUAACCAAUUAUAAUUUUGCCAAGCCAUGCCUCACUGUUGAGAUGCAGCAAUGUAUUUGGUUCAUUCAGAGAUUUAAAUAGUUUUGUGAAUUUA